GGUUCCCCUAGUAGCCCAGCACCAGACCGGUGCAUAGGAGCUUAUCCAGGCGUCUCUUGCUCCUUAUACUCCCCUUGUUCCCCCUCCCCCCACACACAAAGCGAUGGUGUUAAAGGAUCCAGGCGUGUUUCUGACCCUUUUCCUAUGGAUUACGGCUUCCUGGGGCUGCCUGGCUACAGCUGCGGGGCUUGGUGCUGCCGCCCGCAAGCAGGACGAGACUCUUUCUGCUGUCAGUAUUUACAGAGCCAGAUGCACCUCCAGGUGCCUUAGCCUGCAGAUCACUCGAAUCUCAGCCUUCUUCAAGCAUUUCCAGAACAAUGGUUCCCUGGUAUGGUGCCAGACUCAUAAACAGUGUUCUAAGUGCCUGGAACCAUGCAAAGAAUCAUGGGAGCUAAAGAAAAACCAAUGCCAAAGUUUUUGUGAGCCUCUUUUUCCCAAGAAGAACUAUGAAUGCCUAACAAGCUGUGAGUUCCUGAAAUACAUUCUGUCAGUGAAGCAAGGUGAUUGUCCAGCACCAGAGAAGGCCAGUGGUUUUGCAGCUGCCUGUGUAGAAAGUUGUGAAAUUGACAAUGAAUGCUCCGGGGUGAAGAAAUGUUGUUCAAAUGGAUGUGGACAUACCUGCCAAGUCCCCAAAAACCUAUACAAAGGUGUUCCUCUGAAGCCCAGGAAAGAGUUAAGAUUUACAGAGCUUCAAUCUGGACAGCUGGAGAUUAAGUGGUCCUCGAAAUUUAAUAUUUCAAUUGAGCCUGUAAUCUAUGUGGUGCAGAGGAGAUGGAAUUAUGGAAUCCAUCCUAGCGAGGAUGAUGCUACAAAUUGGCAGACUGUGGCACAGACUACUGAUGAGAGAGUUCAACUGUCUGACAUAAGACCUAGCAGGUGGUACCAGUUCCGAGUGGCUGCUGUUAAUGUGCAUGGAACCAGAGGCUUCACAGCACCCAGUAAACACUUCCGCUCCUCUAAAGAUCCGUCUGCUCCACCAGCUCCAGCUAAUCUCAGAAUUGCCAACACCACUAUUAACAGUGAUGGAAGUGUGGCUGUGAGGAUUAUUUGGGAUGUCCCGGAAGAACCUGACAUUCCUGUGCAUCACUACAAAGUCUUUUGGAGUUGGACAGUCAACAGCAAGUCAGUUGUGCCAUCUAAAAAGAAGAGAAGAAAGACAACUGAUGGGUCUCAAAAUUAUGUGAUCCUGGAGAGUCUUCAGCCAAAUAACAACUAUAUGGUGGAAAUACAGGCCAUAACUUAUUGGGGACAAGUACGCUUAAAGAGUGCUAAAGUAUCUUUUUACUUCACUGCCACACAAGCAAUAAGUAAUAAAGAUCAACUUGGGAAAACUAGAAAAGGAGUCACUGAAAUGCUUCCCCCUUUUCAAAGAAGGAGAACCACUCGCCUUCUGGAAAUUGGAGCUCCUUUCUACCAGGACAAUAUGCUUCAGGUCAAAGUCUAUUGGAAAAAGUCUGAAGAUGCCAGUGUGAAUCGGUAUCAUGUACAAUGGUUUGCAGAAUCAUGUGCCCAUAAUGAAACAAGCGGACCUGAGAAAGCAACUGGUUUGGCCCAUGAAAAUUAUAUAAUUCUUCAAGAUCUGGCCUUUUCAUGCAAAUAUAAAGUGACUGUCCAGCCAGCAAGACCCAAGGGUCGUUUGAAGGAAGAAAGUAUUUUCUUUACCACCCCACCUUGCUCUGCUCUGAAAGGGAAACACCACAAACAUAAUAGCUGUCCUGGUGAAGGAGGUCCAGUUCUUUCCAAAGUAUUAGCCAAGCCUGAGAAUCUGUCAGCGUCUUUCGUUGUUCAAGAAGUCAAUAUCACAGGACACUUUUCCUGGAAGAUGUCCAAGGCCAAUCUCUAUCAGCCUAUGACAGGAUUUCAAGUCACUUGGGCAGAAGUUACUACAGAGAGUAGACAAAAUAGCUUACCCAACAGCAUCAUUUCCCAGUCUCAGAUAUUGCCAGCAGAUCAUUAUGUGCUGACUGUACCCAAUUUGAGACCAUCCACACUCUACAGAUUGGAAGUGCAAGUGCUGACUACUGGAGGGGAAGGGCCAGCUACAAUAAAAUCAUUCAGGACACCUGACCUGCUGCCAUCUUCACCUCACAGACCCCAUCUUAAACAACAUCAUCCACAUCACUACAAGCCUUCUCCAGAGAAAUACUAAAAUGAAACGAUUUUUGAAGAGUGAAGGAAUAGACAACUACAGAAUAUUUGCAAGACAACUGGUACUUUCCCAUCCUUAUCUUGCCUAGUUGAAGUUACAAUCACAUAUAAUUCAUUGAUAACUCUGCAUAGACCUUUUCCCCAAUACAUGUGCCUGCAAUAUUGCAUGCCACAAGCAUCAUGACAGUAGUUUCCAUAUUCUGCCAACUGAAGAUGUAAAGCACCUGUGUCACUAUGAAGAAUAUGCCUAUUGUAACUGAGAUUUUGUUUCCUAUACUUAGACUAAAUACAAAGGGUGCCACAUGUGUCUUUGAUGAUCUUUGGGAAAGGAUCUUUGGAGAAAAGUGAUUUUUUACAUAUGACUGGCCAGUGUAGAACAGCUUUGGGUAGAUGAUGAUGUAAGCGAAUAUGGAAGGAAUAAAUGCACUAAAAAAUAAGAGCAGUUAUAGAGAUCUUAGUCUGAAAAUACAUGAAUAGUUGUCAAUUUAAGAAAAUAUUAGUUGGGGGAAACCAAUGUUUAAACAUUUUCCCCAAGUUAUAUAACAAGUGCUAUAGUUAGGCCACAUCUGUAUUAUCAGUUAAAGACACCAUUGGGAAUAAUUUAUAUGUACUUAUAGUGAAUAGGUACAUGAGAUGAACAUUUGCAUAACAUUUAAGUAUCAUUACCAUACCCACUGACCUCCUAAAAUGCUUAAUAUUUAGAGUUAUAUUCUGCCCUUGAACAUCCAAGUUAAUGUUAUUCAAAGUCUAUUCUGAUGCUCACAUGUAUUAGCUAUUAUUGUGAUGCCACCUUAUUUAGGUAGUAACCAAAAUAUCCAAGCAAUUCAUUGAUUUAGCCCUAAGAAUGUUUCCCAUUCCUUCUUUAGGAAAUCAAUUAUUUCACUGUCUCCCAAUCAAAUAAUCAAGGUUUUAUUUAUGUCUAGGAAUUUAAACUCCCCAAUUGUGUAAUGUUAUUUCUUCUCUGAUUCAUUCUUUAGUUAAGGAGGAAAACUGUUAUUUGCAUCCAUUUUCCUAAAAUGUUCAUAUAAUUGAAGACUUAUGUUACCUCAUUCUUAAAAUGAAGACAGUUCCAGUCCUAACUUUUUCUAAUGCUUCAUGCAGAAGCAUAUAUAGAUGGAUUUUUUUAAGCCAAGUGCAAUGCUUUCAUUAACAGGAGAAAAAUAAUUAUACUGCAUUUGACUCAUCCUAUGAGCUCUACAAUUUUCUAUUCUUUUGAAUAAAUAUUUUUCCAUUUGAAUCAAUAAAAAUUUCCCUAACUAUUCCCAAAUAGGAAAAGGUCAAUUAAUGACAUUAUCAGAAUAUCUGAUUGCUAUGGUUAUUAGAGAAAUAAGACUCCAGGAUUUUUUUCAAGAGAUACAUAUCAAAUAGACACAAAAUAAAUGCAAAUAUAUACACACACAUACAUGUGUGUAUGUAUGUAUGCAUACAUUCACACACAUAUGCAUGCCAUAUUGGACUUAGUUCUUUACUAGGAAAUGCUGAAAACAGAUCAUCCAUCUGGAAAAAAAAAACACAAUCCCAGGAAUCCUGCCAAAGACAAUAAGAAUUAAUGA